UCGACCUUGAGAUCAGGGAGCGGAAAGUUUGUAUUUGUUAACUUGGCGGUGUAUAUGAACGUAGGACGAUAUGGAAGAGACAUUUUACUUCUACAACUAUUAGUAUUAUACUUUAGAGCUGAUAUUACUAAAUUUCGUUACAAUGGACUUUUUUAUUGGCCAUUCAUUAUCUAAAACAAGGAUAUUAUCUGCGUGUUGUUUGAUCCUUAUUUCAAUUUCGACAAUAUACACUAAUAUAUUAGACAAAUGCAGCAUUUCUCAGAGUCGUUUAGCACGUUCCAUCCUAAAUGAGAUUGUCUUCCCACUAUUUAAAUAUACAGGUGUUGCUAUGAAUGAACUAUGCCCUUUUCAUCCUAAACAUGAUAUUUAUGCUAUUCAUGAACAAAUGAAAAAUAAAAUUUCUGAUUAUGAUUGGGAAUGUCAAAUGUGUGGUAAACGAUUCUACACAGAAAAUACAUUCGAUUUACAUAUUGGUAAUAGACAUGAAACAAAUGCUUAUAGUACCAGUCGCACAAUUUGUUUAUCGUCCUAUUGUUCGUUACUUCGUUGUUCUGUGCUAAAACCAGAUGUUGAUUAUGGUUAUCAAGUGUUUUGGGAUGAAGCAUUAUGUGAUCCAAAGUCAUUUGAAGCUAUCUCAAGGCAAUGUGAGGAUAUCUUGAAUAAGUGUAUACCAUCUGGAAAUGACAGUAGUAGUACACAACUACGUCAACUACUUCAAACUACACUAUGUGAUCAGUUAUCUUGCGAUCGGUAUUGGAUUUUACCAGAUUCACAUAGCAACUUUUCUUAAAAUUAUGGACUUACAAAGUACAAACUGUCGUUUCUCACGUUGUGGGCUUUCAAUUUGGCGUAAUUACCUAACGUUUACAAUAUAAAUAGGCACAUUGCUUACCAGGAAGAUUGACCUUUGAGAACACUUUGUGGUGCAUAUUAAAAACAUCUUGAUAUUCAGGCGCUUUCCAUAAGAUUGGUAAGUGAAGUGCACAAUAUUGAAUGCUGCUGUCCCCGAAAUCAGAAGUGGUCUCACUGUUUCCAAUUCAGCGUCCGUUAACCUGCGCAUUCAAGAAUUUUUAUCAUACCUCAGGGAAUUGAACUCAUGAUUGUGAUGAACAUUCCCACGAACAACAGUCCAGUAACCUUCAAUAAACUUACACAAGAUGGAGGUCGGACAUUAUGUGUUCAUUGAAGUUGUUCUCUUCCGCGGUAGGUUGUUGCUGGUGAUAUCUGGUUAACUAAUAUUAAAAGUCCUCCUUGGACAAUUGUUUAUAAAUACUUGUAUGUUUUCGAUGAUGAUUGUAAUAGUUCUCCAAGUUUCCGCUCCGUACAAUAGAACUGUCUUGAUGUUCGUAUUGAAUAUUGUGUCUUUUUAUAUUGGUUCCCAGUUGUUUUGAGUUCCAUAUUUUCUUCAGUUGUAGGAGUGCUGUCAUUUUUUUUCAAAUCCUUGCAUUUACAUCUGCAUCCGAUCUUUCUUGUUUAUCGAAUAUGCUACCCAGAUAUGUGAAAGUUUUUAUUGUGAUCAUGAACUGAUCAAUGUUAGACUACCAUUAAAAACCUCGAAGCACCGGACGGCUGCUUCGUCCUUAUAUGGAGGCACUCAACUGUGCGCAUCCACGAUAUUGCCCGACCACUUGACAUUGUCUUCUGUGGCUAACUGCCCCACACCCUACACAGUUAAACUCCACUUUUCGCGGCUUCUCUCCAGCAUUGUGAGAACUAAUUUUGGAAGCUAGUCACUAGUGAGUAUAUGAUGAUUAUCAGUAUAGUGUUAUGGAGAUUGUUGAGUUUUAAUUGAGACCAUGAAUCCAUCAGUGUUAAGCCACCAUUAAAAUGCUGAAAGUACUGGAUGACUGUUUCGUCAAAUCAUUAAAACAACGUAGUAAAUUGGGAUUUUAUGCUCAUUACUUAAUAACGUACUUGUUCUGUACCCAUUUUUUUCCAUAAUAAAGAUUCAAACUUCUGUAUUGGAAAAAGUACUCACUGCAGUCAUCUUAACAGCCGGUUUAUUGAUUUAUUAUUCUGUAAUAUUUAUGAGAUUAAGUUCAUCGUUCUGUCGUUUACGUAUCUCCAGUCUUUCUGUUCCACGAAGCAGUAAAAAAGCGUUUCGAUCUUAUUACACUGACAAAUAAUGAGACGUGAUAAUGAAUCUCUACGCCAAAUGACUAACUUCGGUAAUCAAUAAAAUGUUGUACAGUUCACAAGAUGAAUUCCGUCUUUUUAUUGUAACGAUCUGUAUUUCUACAUUGUUGGUAUUUGGUGAUCUAAUUUUCAUGAAUUAGAAUUAUGAUGGAUGAUUAAUGUCGUACGAUGUUUUAACUGGUAAAUAACUGCAUCUCUGUGCUAAUAUGGUUGGUAUGGCAACUCGAACUGAUGU